AUGGGGGGUACAUCAUUUGCUCGAGGAGCCGGGGCCGGGGCCGGUGCAUUCCUCAGGGGUGCAGGAGCCGGUGCGUUCCUUCGGGGUGGUGGUGCUGGUGUUGGUGGCGGUGCUGGUGUUGGUGGUGGUGAAGGUGGCGGUGGAUGCGGAGGUGGAGGUGGAGGGGAUGGAGGUGGUGGUGGUGGAGGUGGCGGUGGUGGCCGAUAUUUUUUGUUCAUAGACUUUACCGGCGGUGUUAUCGGUGCUGGGGGUUUCGGUUCAACUCUAGGCGUUGGGACUGCAUUAUUUGCUCGAGGUGCCGGGGCCAGUGCAUUCCUAUGGGGUGCUGGAGCUGGUGCAUUACCUCGGGGUGCCGGAGCUGGCACUGGCGACUUCGGUGGAGCCGGUGGCGGGGGACUCUGUUUUGGAGGAGGGCCGGGGCGGCUAGGAAAGUAA